CACCAAGUCAACUAUCAAACUCCCCUUCACCAAUCAUUUUUCAGCUCCAGCUCGAUAAGUCCGAAAACUAGCCAUGGCAUCUAUUUUCCUUAAGCCCAACCAUCCACCUCACUACAUCGAAGCAAUAGAAGUCUACCGCAUUGCUCCAGACACCGACUCGCCCACCAAGCUUCGGAUCGCGUCCGGCGGAGCAGGGCAGUCAGGCCUGAUCCGCACCUUUGCAGAAGGGUUCAUAAAGCAUCAUGUGAAGACCACAGGAGCAGCUCCAUUCGCAAUUGCAUGGAUGGCAUCAGAUACAACUAUGUCCUUCAACUCCCUGGCUCUCAAAGCAGUAGACAUGAGCAUCACGUACCACCCCGUAGCCGAAAAGACUGCGAUACAGCAAGGUAUCGCCGACCGCAGAGAAUAUAUUUGGCGAGAUCACUGGAUGCUUGUCGGUCCCAGAUCUAACCCAGCGAAUCUCUCAACUACCGGAUCGCCUUCGAUAUAUGACCUCUUCACCCAACUCUUCCGCGCCUGUAUAGAAACCCAGAACGCAAAAAUUCCAAUAAGAUUUCUCUCCAGAUACGACAAAUCAGCUGCCAAUAUCAAGGAAUCAAAUCUCUGGACGGCGAUCGGCCAGACGCCUUGGUCUUACCCGCAUUCUAGCUGGUAUCAUACUUAUGUCGACUUCCCGUUCCGUGCACUUGAAGUGGCUGCUCUGUUGGGAGAAUAUAGUCUCGUUGACAAAGGGACUUGGUGGUCUGUGGAGCCUUGGAUUAGGGAGAAGUUGAUGGUCUUUAAACUCGGUGAAGACGAUGAAGAUGACCCAUUGCUGAACCCAGCUCACGCAUUAGUCUCUUCGAAAUCCGAUAACAAGGAACUUGCACACGAGUUCGUAGAUUGGCUGACCAGCGAGGAUGGCGGUCAGGAGGUAGCAAGGACGUUCACCAAGAACGGUGUUGUGUUGUAUUCUGCUGCACCUCCUAGAAAGGGACUUCUGUCAAAACCCAAACUUUGA